AUGAGUGGGACGAAGUAUGACCGACAGCUGCGGUUGUGGAGCCACGCCGGCCAGCGUUCCCUGACGGAGGCGCAUAUUGUGGUCUUGGGUGCCACGGCGGCAGCGGCGGAGGUGCUGAAGAACGUGGUUCUACCAGGGAUUGGCUUCUACACAGUCGUGGACGACGCCCGCGUGGAUGAAGAGGCUGUGGGGAAUAACUUUUUUGUCUCCGUUGAGGACUACAACGCACGCCGCCCGCUCUCAGAGGCGUUGCUGCAGCACCUCUCUUUGUUAAACCCGCAGGCACAUGGCAUGGCCUGCGUGGAGUCAUGUGUCGCGUGGGUAGAGGAAUUUUUAUUGUCUGGCACGCAAGCCUGUGCGACGGCGGCAGGCGUGGCCAAGCAGCGUCCACCUCCAUCCCUCAUUGUGGUGACGCCGCGAUUACCAGCCGUCUCGCUUCGUCGCCUUUCGGCCUGGCUGAAAGGCCAACGUGGCCCCCCGCUCGUGUACGUUCAGGCGGUAGGACUCAUAGGCCUCAUCCACGUGCAGGAGGGGGAACGACUCAUUAUUCAUGCCGAGCCUAAGCCAGAAAGCUGCGUGGCAGACCUGCGCAUUUUCAACCCCUUUCCUGAGCUGAAGGCGUGGUUUGACUCACAUGAUCCAGAGGAUGACGCACUCUUUCGCGAUGAUAUUGAGCUGCACAGUCAUCUUCCGUGGAUCGCCAUUCUCUACCAUGCUCUUCAGCGCAUUCGACGGGAUCGUGGCGCACCAGAGUUUGUGCCGCACUCCAAAGCAGACUACGACGCCGUGCGAAUGGUCGUUGGGGCACUCAUUCGUAGGCCAACUCCGCCACAGGAAGGCUUCAUGGAGGCUAUGGAGCGGUGCCGUGUGUCCCUUAACCGCCCCUCGCUGCUGCCGGGCGCAGUGCAAAAAAUCCUGCGUGACCCCCGCACGGACGCACCAUGGCUAGCUGGGACGUCGUUUGAGGGCCCUGGGACACUUUACUGGCUGGUGCUGCAUGGGAUUAAGCGAUUUAUGCAGGAACACGAUGCUGUACCGCCCUUCUGCGGGUACGUGCCGGACUUCACCACGACGACGCAGUGGUACGGUGAGCUGUGUGGCAUCUACGAGCAAAAGAUGAAAGACGAUUGCGCGGCGGUGUGGGGCUACGCGAUGGAGGCACUUGCCGCCUGCAGUAAUGGCGGCUAUGCGCCCGUGGUAAAUGCGGACGAAGUCGCGGAAGUAACGCGAACGUUGGUUCAGAAUUUAUGGACGUUGCAGCUGGCGCACUUUGGCCCUGGCCUCGACGAAGUAGCCACGGACGCGCCCCUGCGCUGGCAGCGUGUCCGCCACUACUUUGCCGAGUGCUCCACGGAGGCGGAGCGGUUCACGGUGGAGCUGUACACCGCGCUAUUAGCUGCGCACCAGUUUGAAGAGCAGGUUGGGCGGCCACCGGGGCGCGUCCCGCAGCAGAGCGCGGAGCCGGACGCAACGUGGGAAAGUGACUCGAGGGCGUUGCUGCGUAUCAUUGAGAGGUCAUGGCAGGGGCGUUGCUGCGGCGCGGGUCUCACCGCAAAGGCGUGUAUGGAGGUGGCCCGGUUUGGGGCGGGGGAGCCGGCUGCCACGGCGUGCAUCGUCGGCGCGGCGGCGGCGCAGGAGUGCAUCAAACUUGUGCAGCAUCGCCGCGUCCCCAUCCAACGACCGUUGAUUUUUGACGGCUACCGGUGCUGCUUUUGGCUUGCGCCGCCACCACCGCCGGAUGAAGUCGAGGAGGGGGCGCCCACGUCACGGUGA